UCAGCAGUUCAAUUUAAACUCCACAGUUGUGGAACUUGCAGCAACCAUGGUCGUCUUCCGUGCCAGCCUUAUCCUGGCUCUGUUUGCCAGCGCCCUCAGCCACCCUGAGGUCACGACUGGUGCUGGCCUGAGCCAGGGCACUGCUGUGGGAGCUUCCUACGUUGCUGCUGCCCCAGCUGUCACCCGUGUCGACACCUACCACUCUGCUCCAGCAGUCGCCACCGUCCAGGCCGCUGCCCCAGCUGUCACCCGUGUCGACACCUACCAUGCUGCCCCAGCCGUCGCCACCGUUCAGGCUGCUGCCCCGGUCGUUGCUGCUGCUCCAGCUGCCACCGUCACUAAGGUGGACACUUACCAUGCUGCCCCAGCUGUUGCUACUGUCCAGGCUGCCCCAGCAGUCGCCACUGUCCAGGCGGCCCCGGCCGUCGCAACUGUUCAUGCUGCCCCAGCUGUGGCUACCUACGCUGCUGCUCCAGCUAUCACCACCUACGCUGCUGCCCCAGCUGUCACCAAGUUUGCCACUAUCCAGGCUGCCGCCCCAGUCGUUGCCGCCGCUCCAGCUGUGACCCGCGUUGACACUUACCACGCCGCCCCAGCCGUCACCAAGUUCGCCACUAUCCAAGCUGCCACCCCAGUCGUUGCCGCCGCUCCAGCUGUGACCCGCGUUGACACUUACCACGCCGCCCCAGCCGUCACCAAGUUCGCCACCAUCCAGGCUCCCGCCCCAGUUGUUGCCGCCGCUCCAGCCGUGACCCGCGUUGACACUUACCACGCCGCCCCAGCCGUCACCAAGUUCGCCACCAUCCAGGCUCCCGCCCCAGUCGUUGCCACCGCUCCAGCCGUGACCCGCGUUGACACUUACCACACUGCCCCAGCAGUCGCCACUGUUGCCCACGCCGCUCCAGUCGUCGCUGCCGCCCCGGCUGUGACCCGUGUUGACACUUACCACACUGCCCCAGCUGUCGCCACUGUUGCCCAGGCCGCUCCAGUCGUGGCUGCUACCCCAGCUGUUGCCACCGUUGCCCACGCUGCUCCUGUCGUCGCUGCCGCCCCAGCUGUGACCCGUGUUGACACUUACCACACUGCCCCAGCUGUCGCUACUGUUGCCCACGCUGCUCCAGUCGUUGCUGCCGCUCCAGCUGUGGCUACCGUGUCCCACGCCGUCCAUGCUGUUCCAGCGGUCGCCACUGUCCAGGCUGCUCCACUCGUUGCCGCCACUCCUGUCUACAGCUAUGGUGUCGGAAGCCUCAAUUACGGCGUCGGUCACUUUGGUUACGGACACGGCCUUGGAGCCUACGGACUGAACUAUGCCUAUGGUCUCGGCACUCCAAUCGACUAUUCCAACCUUCUCCUCCGCAAAAAGAAGUAAACAACUCCUGAAAUUCAUGACUGCUCUGAAGAUACCAACAUUCCUCAAGUCGUUAUUUUUAAUAAAGUAACAUUUGAGGGAAAACUA